AGAAGAUUUUGUGGCUUCUGAGAAUAGUAAGAUUGAUCGAUCUCACGACCUUAGCUGGAGACGACACUCCUUCUAAUGUUAAGUAUUUGUGUGCUAGAGCUAAGCACCCUCUUUCUUUAUCUAUCAGAGAUAAGCUUAGAGAAGAAUUCUAUGAUAUUGAUUCCCUCAGUGAGUCCUUAUCCAUUCAUUGUAUCAUAGCCACUAGAGCCGUUUGCGUUUAUCCCUCCCAAGUUUCUACAUGCAAGCAAUACUUGACUCAAAUUGGUGCUGAUGAUAUCGCUAUCGCUUCAGGUACGUGGAUUCCUUCAGGUGUAUAUGAUGAAGUUUCUGCUAUGCGACUGGCUUGCGGACCCCAAGUUCAUUUGAAAACAAUCUUAGCAGCUGGUGAAUUAGGCAGCUAUUCGAAUGUGUAUGCUGCCUCCAUGACUUGCAUGAUGGCCGGCGCCGAUUUCAUCAAAACUUCAACUGGGAAAGAGUCUACGGUUAAUGCUACUCUCCCAGUUGCCCUAGUUAUGACAAGAGCGAUUAGCGACUUUAAGGAGACUACUGGCAUCAAGGUUGGCUUCAAGCCCGCUGGCGGCCUGCGUACCUGGAAGGAUGCUCUUGCAUUUUCCAGCCUGGUAUUUAUGAAGCUUGGUCCGGAUUGGAUGGUUCCCGAGCUUUACCGCAUUGGAGCCAGUUCCCUUCUCAAUAGUAUAGAGUCUCGUCUCUUCAGUCUGCUUAACAAUGGUAGAGAUCCUGCCGCUCAUCAACUUUCCUUUUUAUAG